AUGGCCAACGAGCACUUCUUCCCCGGCGAGUACUUUUCCUCCGGCCUCGCCGCGUCGUUCCUUGGCGCAUCCUACGUGCAGCCGCCGUGUUCAGGGUUCGAGGCCGCCGCGGCUAUGGCCUUCGGGCUGCCGUGGGCGGACCAGCAUCUUCCAGUAGACUCCUCAGCCACCACGGCGCACUUUGACUCCGCGCUCAGCUCUCUGGUCUCGUCUCCUGCCAGCGCCACCGCCGGCGGAGGCUUAGGCUUCGCGCACGGCGGCGAGGAUGACGUCGCCAUCGGCGACCUGAUCGGCCGGCUCGGUAGCAUCUGCAACGGCGCCAGCGCCAACAACUCCUGCUACAGCACGCCUAUCAGCUCCCCUCCACGCGGGGCGCCGCAGGCGUUCCGGGGCUACGGCGCCAUCGCCGCGCUGGAGACCGGCAGGCUAUCCCGGGUGUCAAGCAGCAAGUCGCUCGUCGGCAACACCUCCGGCGUUGCCGCGACGGCACCAUUGGAUCAGAGCGCCCAACUGGAGAUGAGCCCCGAGACGGACAGCCAGCCCGCAACCGCAGUGCAGGACCCGCCCACGAAAAAGGGCGCCGCCGGUUCCGCGCGGAAGCGCAAGGCGGCCCCGGCGAAGGGCAAGGCGAAGGCUUCUUUACCCGCAGUACAGCCCAGUUGCUCCAUGGCGGCAAUCAAUACGAGCCCGCCGAAGCGGCCGAGGGUCGCCGACGGCAGCAACGACGAAAACCCAGGCGCGGUGGAGGAGGAGAAGGCGGAGCCGGCCAAGGACUACAUCCAUGUGAGGGCGAGGAGGGGGCAGGCAACCGAUAGUCACAGCCUCGCCGAGAGGGUGAGGAGGGAGAAGAUCGGUGAGAGGAUGAAGCUGCUGCAGUCCCUGGUGCCAAGCUGCAACAAGAUCACCGGCAAGGCACUUAUGCUCGACGAGAUCAUCAACUACGUCCAGUCGCUGCAGCGUCAGGUCGAGUUUCUGUCCAUGAAGUUGUCGACCAUGAAUCCUCAGUUGGAGCUCGACGAGCAGCAGAUCCCGUCCAAAGAGAUGAACCAGAUGGCAGUGCCCGGCUUCUCCUACGCCGGUUCACCCGUCGCCGUCGCGGCCGGCCACAGCCACGGGGCAGAGCUAGAAGGCACUUUCAGCUGGGAGCAAGACCUCCAGAGCAUGGUGCAGAUGGGGGGAGCCAGCAGCAGCCAUAGGCAGGACCCCCAAGCUUUCUACGGCAGUGGCCAGCCGGCGACUACAGUAAAUCACAUGAAGGUUGAACCAUAA